AUGUCCGAAGACUUUCACAAUGCAAUCUUUCUGAUGGAAAGCAGGGGGACCAGUUUCGUUUUCCGGAAGCUUCGAGUGCUUCUCUACGACGAUGAAUCAGAUGAGUAUGUUGAGACUGGAAAAGCUGCCUGUCAAAACUGUCUGACCUUGCUCACUGUUUCCGACGGAGACCAUGUUCGACGCCAUGUGAAAGAACGUUGCAAGCGAAGAAAAAGAGUUGUGGAAAAUACGGAAAACGAAAAAGAAGAAGAGCCGGUUUUUAAGAAUCGAAAAAUUUCUGAAUAUUCGACGAAAAAACUCAAAGAAUCUGAUCUCACCAAAAUCUACAAAGCUCUUUCGAAAUACUGUCUUAGAACCGGGCGAAGCUUUAAUCAUAUGAACUCAGAUGCUAUGAAAUCCCUGAUGAUGGAUAUAUUCAACACCACAAGUUCUGGAUACGGAGAAGCUGCUUUGAAACAACUCCCUCAUCGAUCAACGAUUCAGGCGCACUCGGAAGCUCUCUCCAAGGAUCUCGUGGAAAAAUCCUUACGAUACAUGGAGCCUUACAAAGGAGAAAUAAACUUGGCAAUCCAAAUUGUUCCGGUCGGCUUCACUCCAGCCCUUGAAGGAAAAACAGGACGUGACACUGCCAAUUCGAUUCUACAGAAACUGCAAUCUUUGGGAUGGAGUCGAGAAGAUGUACUCCGUUGUAAUGUGACCGGUGAUGGAGCAUUAUCCACUUUUGUUAUUCGCUGCGUCAAUCACUCCCUCAAUCUCGUCGCCUCAAGAGUGGUCUCUCCACUGAAAGUUCAUCGUCCCAGACUCGUCGAUUUCACUUCAGAACUUCAGAAGGCUGAAGAGAUUCUUGCUUUGGCUGGGGAUGUUGCAGUGGCUGUCCGGUCAAAUAACGCCAUCUGCGCCUCUCUCCCACGUCUUCCAGCUCUCAAAUGCGAAACACGGUGGAUGUCUUCGGCGGAAUGUCUUUCCGAUGUCCUUGAUCUCCUGGAAGACAUCCAGAAAUGUUCCGGAUUGUCGGCAAAAGGACGAUCGGCUCUCAACCUGCUAACCGAUGACCACCCGAAGAGAGCUCGUGCGCUGCUUCACAUUUUGAAGCCACUUCUUGCACACAACAAGGUUUUUCAGAGUCAGUCAGCCGUCACUCUUCACCUUGUCCUGCCAACUUAUAAACAUCUGGAGAUAACUUGGACGGAAUAUGCCAAGGAAAGAUUCGAAGACAUUGACGAAGACCUAAUCGAUGUCGAAAUGCUCAGAGCGUUAUCCGAAUCGGGUCUUUUGGCUGUUCAACACUACUAUCGAGAGUUCGAAGAAGUACAUUUUGCUGCUGUGAUGCUCAGCCCGUUUACGAAACGAAUGUCUAAUUUUUCAAAGGAGGAAUUUGAUAAAGCAAAAUUGUACAUUGUCAACAGACUUCCGGCAAUUCCACCUGCCACUGUUCCAAUUCAAGAUGACCCAUCAGAUCCUAUCGCUGCCCUAUUGAAGAAAGUGCAGGACUCUGCUGUGCUCGUACCAAAAAGCGAUGAUUUGGAGCGCUAUUUGGGAGAACACUUUGACGGGAGCGGCCAAGAAUCAUUGGAGCAGUUUUGGAGAGGAAAGAAAAAUGAAUUCCCAGCUCUCUACAAGGUAGCCACUCAAGUCUUCUCCGUCGUGCCAUCAGAAUCUAUGUGUGAAUCAUCAUUUCCGAGAGCAGCAUUUCUUCUAGAUAAAACUAGAUCUCGUCUGGCCUACACAAAAGCAGAAAUCGUCGUAGUCGGGGCUCAAUUGGCAACGAAAUUUCCAGAUUGGCUCAACUAA